CGAAAACGCAAAAGUUCCACCUCGUCAUCCUCCUCCUCCGACUCCUCGUCGUCUAAACGGCGGCGGGAUGAUGCCAAGGGACCCACGCGUAAGCCUUUUGAUCGGGACCGCGACCUCUUGGCCCACCGGAUCGGUUUCACUGAGAAGCGAGCUCUCAUCGAACGAUCUAAACAGUUCUCCACCAAGUUUUCACACGGCAGCCAAAAAUUCCUCUAACCGUCCUCCAUCCUCGGCUUCCCUCGCCGGGUAUUGGCCAGUACUCUGA